AUGGCAGAGCUACUGGUGUCAGCUGGGCAGCGAGAGGUUUUUAGCGCAUGGGAGCCAGCUGGUACUCAUGAUGCAGAGAAGCAAACAUUUUUUGAACAGAUUGGAACGCUUGAUCGCAAUUAUCCAGGAGGCAUUGGCUGCUAUUUGCAGAAUGCGAGGAGCUUGCUUCAGGAAGCAGCGAAGGGGGAGAAUCCACUUGAAGGGUGGAGUCCAUCCGUUCCCAAGGACGGCUUUCAGCCUGAAGUGGGCUCCCAAGCUUAUAUGGAAUACGAGAAGUUGGGAAGGCAAGAAGUUCAGAACUGUUGUUUUGUGAUUCCAGCGGGUGGGCUCGGGGAGCGCCUGGGCUUCAGCGGAGUGAAGUUUGCUCUUCCUGUGGAGCUAGUCACAGGCAGUUGUGUAUUGGAGGUCUAUUGUGCCUAUUUACAAGCCUUUCAAAGAUUGGCAGAAGAAGACGAUCCUAGCGCGCAAAGAUGUCAGUUGCCGCUGGUCAUAAUGGCGAGUGGGGAUACUGAGGCUGGCAUCAAGGCCCUGCUUAAAAGCAACAAAUACUAUGGCCUUGAACCGGGCCAGGUGACUGUCCUUCUACAGGAGAAAGUGGGAGCAUUAGCAAACAGCAAUGCCUUGCUCAGCAUGGAAGGUCCUUACAAGGUGGCUACAAAACCUCAUGGGCAUGGCGACGUACACUUUUUGUUGCACAAAAGCGGACUGGCACGUCGCUGGCAAACUGAAGGCAAGAAGUGGAUACUUUUCUUUCAGGACACCAACACGUUGUAUCUCACCACCUUUUUAUGUUCUCUUGGCGUUUCUGCCAAACAUUGCCUUUUGGCAAACGUCGUCACGAUGCCAAGAAAAGCCAAGGAGGCUGUUGGCUCCAUUGCGCGUUUGACGCACACAGAUGGUCAUAGCAUCGUCGCAAACGUUGAGUACAAUCAAUUGGAGCCACUCCUUAGAGCCACUGGACAUGAUGGUGACGUGAAUGGACCUGAUGGAUUUUCACCCUAUCCUGGCAACACCAACGAACUCAUUUUUGCACUUCCAGAAUAUUUGUCCGAGUUGGAAACGAAUGGUGGGCAAAUGCCGGAAUUUAUCAAUCCUAAGUACACAGAUCAAACCCGGAGUAUGUUCAAAAGCCCAACUCGGCUGGAAUGUAUGAUGCAAGACUUUCUGCGACUGUUGAAAGCAGAUGCAAAGGUUGGCUUUACCCGCUAUCCCUUGACAUUUGGCUACUUUCCAUGCAAGAACGAUAUCGCAACAGCUGCCCGCUUGGCCUCCCAGGGAACACCACCCCACGGGGCUGCUUCGGCUGAAGCAGCUGUUUAUGAUGCAAACUGCACCAUGUUGAGAAUUUUGGGGGGCUUCAGUGGCAGACCCAGAAGAGCGACAUUGGAAAGGAGCAGCCUGGAGAUUCGCGGAGAUGUCUAUUUGGGUGAGCUCACCUUGGACGGGGCGUUGCGAAUUGUUGCGGGUCCCGGGGUCACUUUGCACAUUCCGAAGCUGAACGUGCACAACAAAGGUCAGGACUUUGUCGGCCUGACGGAUGACGAACAAGCAGGCGCUGCAACUGAAGAUUUGUGCAUUCGCGGCUACAAAUUGGUGACACAGGAUCUUGAAAGAAUAGAAGUUACUGAAGCUGGAUGUUAUACCUACUCUGAAGACAGGACGCUAUCCAAAAGAGAGUAA